GGACUAGAAUUUACACUUGAAUAAUGACAAUGAGAAUCGUAAUAUCUAUUUAAUCGAAACACAGUAAAUAGUAAAGAAAUAUAAAAUAAAACUAUUAACCUGGCAACGGCAUGCCGUUUCUAUGGUUACUACCGGCCUGUUUCGUGUAGCUGCGCAGAGAACUGGUGACAGGACGGUGAAUCAGAAGGAUGGCAACCGAACACACACACAGCUCUUCAUAACUGAAUACCUCUCUGAACGUAAACGACUUAUUCAUACGCUUAUAUCGAUAAGUUACGAACCCCAAAGGUUAAUUCAUGUACUUUCUCCGACAUACAUUAGUUUGUCACGAUCUGGUCAGGACUUGCAAUGGACUUUAAGCGCGCGGACCGAAAGGGACGUGAACAAUCAACAGAAGAUAUCAUCGAAAUUUCAACGACAUUGUUAUGAGGGACCGACUGGCUGAUCUGAAUGGGGGCAGGCAAAGUGCCAGUGAAGAUGUGAGUGUCACUGUGUCGUUGGAGAAAGAUGGCUUCAUGCAGGACUUUUUCAGAAAGGUGGAGGAGGUCAGAGGUGUCAUUGAUAAGAUCUCCUCCCUAGUUAAUGAGGUGAAGAAGAAACAUAGUGUGAUCCUUUCAGCCCCCAACCCUGAUGAGAGGACAAAAGAAGAGUUGGAACAGCUCACAUUGGAAAUCAAGAAACAUGCCAACUUUGUCCGGUCCAGCCUCAAAUCAAUGCAACAGAAUCUACCUCCAGAUGAACAGAUGAAUCAAGCCUCAGUGGAUGCACGCAUUCAGAAAACACAGUACACUAACUUGUCACGUAAGUUUGUGGAUGUCAUGACGCGAUAUAAUGAAGCCCAAGUGUCAUUCAGAGAGAAAAGCAAAAGCAGGAUUCAGAGACAGCUGGAGAUUACUGGACAAAUUACAACUAAUGAGGAAUUGGAAGAGAUGCUGGAGACUGGAAACCCUUCCAUUUUCACCUCCGAUAUCAUCUCUGACUCUCAGAUAACUCGUCAGGCUCUUAAUGAGAUCGAAUCUAGACAUAAAGACAUCUUGCAGCUAGAGUCCAGCAUUAAAGAGCUUCAUGACAUGUUUGUGGACAUGGCUAUGCUUGUUGAGACCCAGGGUGAGAUGAUUGACAACAUUGAAAAGAAUGUAACCAAUGCAGUAGACUAUGUUGGCCAAGCUAAAGUGGAGACUAAGAAAGCUGUGAGGUACCAGACACAGGCCCGCAGGAAGUACAUCAUUCUUGCUCUCAUUGUUUUGGUGGUGCUUGCUGUGAUCACACUAAUUGUUGGCUUAUCUGUGGGCCUGUCUGUUAAAACAACUACUAACUCCGCCUCCUCCAGCUCUAAUGCAGCCAAUCCUACCUAAGCAUUGUUUCCAAGAAAUUCACUUGUAUUGCCAUUUGUGGAGCUGUGUGCAGCAUCAUUCUUCUUAUCAUCAUCUUGAUUGGAGUUUACAGUGAUUAGUCACCUAGAGCAAAACUUUAUUGCCUUUAACAUUACUGUGCCUUUGAAAAAAAGAGACAAAAUUUGAGUUAUAAUGUUAUAAUGUCCUGCUGCAUACAAUAACUCAAAAACUACUCUUGAAUUUAUUACCAGUGAAUUGUGUAGAAGAUGGCACUGAUUUAUGAUCAAAGACUUUCCUUUUUGACUUGCAUGCUUUGCCAUUUCACUACGACAACCAGAGGUAAUUUUCUACCUUUUUAUUUAUUCAAUGUUGGUGAAUUGAGUAAUGUUUUGUAAUAAUACAAUAUGUUACAUUGGGUACUUCGUUCCUUUGGAGGUCUUGACUGACAAUGUGGAGUUAAAUACAAUCCAGCACUGUGCACUUAAGACAUAUUUUAAUAACAAAAGAAAUUAUGAAGUUUGUAUUCAAGAGUCACAAGUUCAUUUCAGCUUUUACACAAUGGUUUGACAGUGUUCGAUAUGAGCAGUAGCGCCACACAAUAUGAUGUCAGAUCUGUGAACAAUGUUACAAAGCAUGUUUUAAUCACUGUAUGGUGUUCUUUUUUGUCUCUUACAUAUGACUGUGUCUGGCAGGAAUGUAACCAUAUAGUCAAAUGCUCACAAAGUGUAUUGUAAAAUAAAAUGUGAGUUGUUCACUGCUCAA